CGUAUACAGUCAUUUGAGGAUCGUUCUGCCAGAUGACAUGACUUGACGCUUCAGUGCAGGAUAGAUACUCCAAUUGACUAACCUGCUUGCUAAAUUUCCAUUUACUCUGCAGGGCAAAGAACAGAAUACCUCCAUCAAUUAACAUACCCAAACCCCGCAAUCCACAGCACACCCUGGCUCCAAACAUCUAUAGCAAACGGCUCUCCUCCCUGGCCCUCCAACUACGACGCCAGUCUACAUCUACAUCCUCAUCCGCUACUCCAACCGUCAGUACCCCAUCAAAUCCAUCGUCACCAGGAAAAAUGCCGGCCCGUGCCCCCUGGCUCUCAACCUUCCAAUCCCACCUCUCCCAGUCCUCCACCUCUGAAUUCAACAUCACCACCAUCGCCCUCGACGCAAAGGGCCAGACCGUCCCUCGUACCCGCACCUGCGGCUUCCGAGGCUGGUUCCCAAACCCAGAACUACACUCUAGCACGGUCAAGACCCUCGAGUCGCAGAACGAGCGCCCGAACCCGUCCGUGUACGAGAGCGAGAUGAUCUCGUUUACGACGGACGUGCGGAUGGAGAAGAUCGGGCAGCUGGAGGCGUCGGGGAAUGUAGUUGAGGCGGUGUUCUGGUUGAAGGAUGUGGGUAAUCAGUGGAGGGUGCGAGGGGAGGCGUUUGUGAUUGGGGAUCCGACCAGUGGGGAGGGAGAGGAAAAGGCCAGGGAGGAGAUUAGGAAGGGGUUGAGGGAAAAGGAGUGGAGUUGGGAGAGGCAGGUGACGACGUACUUUGCGAACCAUACGCCUGUUCUUAGAGGCUCGUUCAAGAAUCCUCCGCCUGGAACACCGAGAUCGCAAGUACCCACUAAUCCCGAGCUCAAGCUUGGUCAAAAGCUGAAUGAUUUGCAUGACCCUGUUGCUCGUGGGAACUUCCGCGUGGUUGUCAUCCGCGCUAAUGAGGUUGAGCGGUUGGAUCUGUCAGACUAUGAGAAGCCACAGCGGUGGAACUGGACCCUUGUUGGCGGGACUGGUGAUGGUGCUAAAUGGGAGGAGACUGAGCUAUGGCCGUAGACAAAGUAUUUGGUCGAAUUGUGGAGUGAAGUGAAGCGGUCCAAUGCAUUGUUCCAACUAUUCUAUGACAUACUAUGUGAUAAUAUAGAAUGUUUUCUUCAUGUUAUUCUCUUUGUUCCGUGGCUGACCAAAUAGACAGGCGUCUUAUCAUGGUGUGCUUCCUUGUUAUUAGAUAUAGAGCAGAC